CCGAGAACAAUUUGUGGAGAGCAGGGGAAAUAUUGCCGUUUGGGGACGAUGUCGUGUUCCGUGGCGAUUGCGAGCUCACCGGCGUUCUCGCCUUCUCGCUUAUCGAUCUCGUGCAAGGGGUCCCCGGAAAACCUGGCCCUGAAUCCUUGCUCUCCCUCGGCGUCACCCCGCUCAUGCUCGUCCUCGCCUUUCAGGCCGCAGCGGUUCCAGAGAGCGCCGAGCGGGCUUCGGGAGGUCGGUGCCGGGAUCGGCACCUCAUCCUCUCCCUCCGGAUUGGCCGUUGACGCGCCCUCGUCCUCGUCCCCGCCUCCGUCGAGUUCGGGUGGGUCCUGCUCGGUGUCGAAGAGGAAGAGGCCAGCGCGGAUCAACAUCCCGUUGGCCAAGGCAUUGACUUUUGCGCCCGAGGUGUCUGAUGAUUGGAGAGAGGUGGAGGCGGAGAGCGCGAGGUAUACGGUGUAUUGCAAGAGGGGAAGGAAGAGGUUGGUGAUGGAGGAUCGACAUAAGGUGGCGCUGGACCUCAAUGGCGACCCCAAACUGGCUUUCUUUGGCAUUUUUGAUGGCCAUGGAGGUAAGAGGGCUGCUGAAUUCGCUUCCGAGAACUUGGGCGAGUUCAUAGCAGAAGAAAUGGUGACAACUAGUGGAGCGGGCGCCAAUGACGUAGCGAAAGCUGUUAGGAUCGGGUACUUGAAAACCGACGCAGAGUUCUUGAAGGAGGAGGCGGAUGGAGGCGCUUGCUGCGUCACCGCCCUGCUUAGAGAUGGUGAUCUUAUUGUUUCUAAUCUCGGGGAUUGCCGUGCUGUGCUGAGCCGAGCCGGUAAAGCAGAGGCCCUCACGUCUGAUCACCGGCCCUCUCGAGAAGAUGAAAGGGACCGAAUCGAGAGCCUUGAUGGUUACGUGGAUUACUUCCGAGGAGCAUGGCGAUUACAAGGUUCCCUUGCCAUAUCCAGGGCAAUCGGAGAUUCACAUCUCAAACAAUGGGUUAUACCAGAGCCGGAGACCAGAAUCAUUAACAUCGAAGCAGAAUGCGAGUUCUUGAUUCUAGCAUCGGAUGGGCUAUGGGACAAGGUUAGCAUUCAGGAGGCUGUAGACGUAGCACGACCAUCGUGUAUCGACGCUGAUAGUGCAUCAUCAUUGUCUGCUUGCAAGAACCUUGUCGAUUUAUCUGCUAAACGAGGAUCAUUGGAUGAUAUAAGCGUUAUGAUUGUGAAGCUGCAGCAUUAUGUUUGAAAUCAAAUACCCGAUAGCAUAAACACACGGCAUUUUGUUGGAAAA